AUGGGAGGUGAAAAAAAUAUUAAAGUUGAAAAUUCGCAAGAUGAUUUUCAAUCAUCAAAGAGCCUAAAUAACAAAACUAUUGAUUGGAAUGGACUGGAAUGGUUUAAAAAUUCUCAUACUUUUUGGAUUGUUUCAAAACCGGAACCAAAACCAGUAGAACGUUUUAAAUUGCAUCUCGCGGAUUUAAAAGAUUCCGACAAACCCUAUCUCCCGCCAAACUUAGAUUAUCGAAAAGCAAUUUCAGACUUCCUAAAAUCAAUGAAACCACUGAUUUUGGAAACUCUUGUAAAUAUUUGGCCCAAUUUAAAAUUUCCUGAGCACGUAAGAUUGGUUUUUACUAUCCCGGCUGAAUGGAGUCCUGAAGCAAUUGGAAUAUUACAAGAUUGUAUACUUAAAGCAGGUUAUACGACAAAAAAUUCGAAGAAUAAUUUAGAGUUUACUACUGAACCCGAAGCUGCAGCAUUAUACUGUAUGGAGAAGUUGGAAGAACUUCGGUUAAGUGAAGGAUCAACUUUAAUGGUGGUAGAUUGUGGAGGUGGUACAGUUGAUUUGACAGUCAGAAAGUUAUUAUCCAAAAAUAAAUUAUCGGAAAUUACAGAACGUAGUGGGGACCUUUGUGGUAUUUGA